AUAAAAGCCGACGAAUUGAACUAGUGGGAUAACAGUGCUUAAUUUUUGGCUGUUGUGAUAAGUUGUCCAGGAGGAUUGUGCUCAGUGAAAAAUUAUGGCUAACAAGAAGGAUUUAACUCUCCUGUUCCAGCGUCCUUACGAACCAAUAUUCGGUGUAAAAAAUGAUCAGACUGGAAAAGUGCGAGUUGAUGUACCACCAAAUUUCUACACAGAGAAAUAUAAGGAUAUCUCAACAGAGAUACAGAGUCGCUUUGGUGAAGAUGAUGUGGAUCGGACAAUUCCCGUGAGAUCAGUAGCUCCGCCAAAUCUCGAUUUCGCCGAAGAAUUGCCACGAAAGAAACCAUUCUGUCUCUUCAAUCGACGCCACACUCAAAUUGCCGGUCGUCUGAUUAAAAUCUUCCUGGACGCACCCGAUGUCGAUAGUCUCUUUUCCGUUGCCUCAUACGCUCACGAUCGCGUCAAUCCCCAAUUGUAUCAGUACUGCUUGUCAGUUGCAAUGCAACAUCGUGCUGAUACACAGGAUCAGCCCAUUCCUUCUGUAGCUGAAACCUUCCCCAAUCAAUUCAUUGAUCCCUCAGUGAUUCCCGAAGCCCGAGAGGAGAACAGUUUUGUUCCUGAUGGUGUGAGGCGUCCUAUUGUCAUCCCACCCAGCUACACUGCGUCUGAGCGUGAAGAAGAGCAACGUCUUGCGUACUUCCGUGAGGAUAUUGGCGUAAACCUACACCAUUGGCAUUGGCAUUUGGUCUAUCCCGGAGACGGACCCGACAGUAUCGUGCGCAAGGAUCGCCGUGGUGAACUCUUCUAUUACAUGCACGCCCAGAUUAUUGCACGGUACAAUAUUGAGCGUCUGUGCAAUCGCUUAGCACGUACAAGGCGCCUCAAUAAUCUAAGGGAAGCUGUUCCUGAAGGAUAUUUCCCAAAGCUCGCUCGAUCAUCAUCAAAUCAAACCUAUCCACCUCGAUUUGCUGACAUUGUACUACAGGACAUUGAUCGUCCAGAAGACAACACUGUAGUGGAACUUGCUGAUUUGGAGCGUUGGCGCGAUAGAAUUCAUGAGGCUAUUGAUCAAGGAUAUGUUGUCAAUACAUCAGGUCAGAGGAUCCCAUUGGACGAAAGGCGAGGCAUUGAUAUUCUAGGUGACAUGAUUGAGGCUUCAAUCCUCUCACCAAAUCCCCAAUUGUAUGGAAACCUUCACAAUAUGGGCCACAAUGUUAUUGCAUACAGCCAUGAUCCCGACAACAGAUUCCUCGAAGAGUUCGGCGUAAUGGGCGACGUCACAACAGCCAUGAGAGAUCCUAUCUUUUAUCGUUGGCACUCGUUCAUUGACCAAAUCUUCCAGAAGUACAAGAACAUCCUUCCAGCGUACAAUACUAACACCCAACUGGCUUACGACGGCAUCACUGUCCAGUCAAUCAUGUGCCAGAUGAAUCAACGGAAUACACCAGCUAAUGUCAUCCUGACUUACUGGCAACGGGGUGAACUUAAUCUGGGUGCUGGUCUUGACUUCGGUCCACAAGGAAACGUCUUUGCUCAGUUCACACAUCUUCAACAUGCUCCAUUCUCUUGGCGCAUCGAAGUUAACAAUAACUCUGGAGCACCACGUCGUGGAACAUGUCGCAUCUUCAUGUGUCCCAAAAACGAUGAGCGUGGAAUGCCAUUUACGUUCCGUGAUCAGCGUGUCUUGAUGAUCGAAAUGGAUCGUUUCGCCGUUAAUUUAAAUCCCGGUAUGAACACCAUUAAUAGACGCGAUGAGGAAUCCAAUGUAACAAUUCCAUACAACCGAACAUUCCGUAACAUUGGAUCUGCCGCCAGAGCUCCUGGCAGCGAAGAUCAAUUUAACUUCUGUGGCUGUGGCUGGCCAAGUCAUCUGCUCGUACCCAAGGGAACUCCUGAAGGAUUCACCUUUGAUGUCUUCGCAAUGAUAUCCAACUUUAAUGAUGACACCGUCAACGAGGAAUUUGAUACAACUGAUAUGUGUAAUGACUCCUAUUCCUUCUGUGGAAUCCGCAAUAAGCUCUAUCCUGAUCGUCGGGCAAUGGGCUAUCCAUUCGACAGAAAUCAUCCAGCCAGAACUCUUCAGGACUUUGCCAACCAAUCAUCUAACAUGGGACUUGGAGAAAUCAAUGUUCGCUUCACAAACACCUAUGUUGCACGCACUUAAGUUGCAAACAGAACAUUCUGGACUCAUUGAUAACGAUCUCUGGCUAUCUCUAUUUUUGAUCCCUAUUCUAUUACACUCUAUUUUAUUAUUAUCGGCUUUAUUCUUCAUCUGCUUUAUUCUACGCAAUUAUCCACGUUAAUAAAAAUACUUCUAAAAAUAUAUUGGUGUAUGUCUCAACGCAGUCCCGUGUAAAAGGCAUUUAGUGAUAAAAUUAUAUCAAAUAUAAAUAUUUUUUGAAAAUAUAA